AGGUGCAACGGGGAGGCGGAGCACGAGGUGGGCGGAGGAGGAGGAGGGGGAGGAGGAGAGGGGGAGGAGACGAUGGAGGACAGCACCGAGGAGCGGGACAGCGACCUGGAGGAGAGCGACGACGGAGAUGAGGAGGAAGGAGAAGAGGAGGAGGAAGAGGAGGAAGGGGAGAGCUCAGAGAUGGACGACGAGGACUGCGAGCGGAGGAGAGGAGAGUGUCUGGACGAGAUGACAGACCUGGAGAAACAGUUCCACGACCUCAAAGACAAGCUGUUCAGGGAGAGGGUGAGCCAGGUGAAGGAGAGGCUGGAGGAGGUGCUGACCGGGAGGGCGGGGGACUACAGAGAGCGCCUCAGCUCCCUGCAGGGCAGCACGCAGCUCCGCACUCAAGUGGCUGGAGUGUAUCGGGAGCUCUGUCUGCAGGUCAUCAAGCACAAGUAUGAGUGUGAACUGCAGGGAGCGAGACAGCACCUGGAGAGUGAGCGGACACUCCUGUUGGACGCCAUGAAGACAGAACUACUUGACAAGAUCAGGAGGCUGGAGGAGGACAGAGAGAGCACAGAGUGGUGGAGCGACGAUGUGAAGAGUAAAAAGUGCAAGAGGAAGAAUCUCCUGGCUCGGUCGGACAGGAAGAAGAAAGCUGCCCUGGUCUCAGGGCCCUACAUCGUCUACAUGCUGAGGGACAUCGACAUCAUGGAGGACUGGGCGGCCAUCAAGAAGGCCAAAGCAGCUCUUACACCACUAAAGAAGAAAACCGAGAAGCGAUGAUGGCCAUGAGGGACGUUUCAUGGUGACUUCUAAAGGACCAACUGGCAGCUGAACCAAAAACAACAGAACCAUUGAUAUGUAAUAAGAACCAACCCCCUGUCCUUUAGCUAACCAUAUACCAAUCUACUUUGACACUAUCGUAAACAUUGGUGUACUGUACUGCUGUCUGUGGGCUCCAAAGCAGUACACACUAGCAGACAUUUUUUUAAUGCUAUUUAAAAAAAGAAAGACCUGUCCUUAAUGCUGUGUAUUUAUAUAACAUUUAUUUUACAGUGAAUUAAAUUGUAAUCGUUUAUGACGCAGAUUGAAUUGUUUACUUUUUUGUGAUUUUGUUUAUGAUUUGAGAUUUAAAUCAUGAUAUGAAGUGGUUAAAAAGUAUUAGGUGCUUGGAUAACCACAACAAAACAAUCGCAAAUAUUUUAAAAAUAAAAAACUAUCAAUUCGAUUUUCUAUUGUCAGGAGCAGAAAUUAGAUAGUCGAAGGGAAAAGAUUUACCAAUAAACACACAAAAAAAACUUCCAAAACUCUUAUGUAUUAAUAUACAUUUAAUGAGCGGAUAAUAUAAAUUGCAGUAAGCUAAAAUUUGCAUAAUAAGAAAUUAUAUUUCCAAAGCUUAGUCUGUAAAGACUAUGUCUGCUUCCAAAGGCAACAUUAAGCUUGGUUGCGGUGAGGAUAACACUAAUCAGUCCUAACUUCAAACAGUAAAACACAUUAAACAUGUGUUUCCUCAUUAACCACGGCGUCAAAGGUUGAUCUCAUCGAGUCGUUCCAUCAAGUUCUUGACCCAGGGGGCUUCAGGGUUCACGCAGAUCCGGACGUCGGCUAUGGUCCGCAAACUGUCACAGAAUUGACAUGAAAGUAAUUCUUAUGGGGUCAUACUGGGUUAACAUGGUUUAGUAAUCAUUGUAAUGAAAAUUAAACCCAUUUCACCAUGUAAGAUGUCAGCAUUAAAGUUAGAGUAGACAACUUAUUUUAGAAGCAUUUUCUGUCCUAUCGGUAGAAAUUCAAUUGACAUUCUGUGUUAAAAUGGUUUAGUAAUCAUUGUGAUGCAAAUAAAACCCGUUUGAUGGUAUUUGGUCAAGGCUAUGCUUACAUAACUGCGGGCUUUGAACAGCGUCCAUCCGUCCAAUCAUAGUUCCGGACUUUAUCGAAUUUCACCCGUUUCCCGAAAUAGGUGAAACAGCAGCUAUUAGGAAGCGCUCCAUCUGAGAAAAAGCAAGAAACAUGUUAAUGUGGCAGAUAAAUUAAAAAAUUUAAAUCUUAAGCAUAUGGGUAAUUUCAUAAGGAUUAGUUAAUGCAGU